CAUGCGUAAUAGUUGGAGAGAUAUUCGGCGCUGAAAAGGAAGGAGCCUACUUUUGUAGUGGUGUUCAACCAAAGCCGUAUUAGCUAGGGGAACAGGAGUGUUCACUAAAACAGCGUCUACCUAGUUACUUUGCUUUCGAGCAUCGUGACAAAGUGCAGAGUGUGGAACAUGGCGGAUAAAGAGGUGUAUGACGAUGCCGUGGAAGAAAGGGUCAUCAAUGAAGAGUACAAGAUCUGGAAGAAAAACACACCUUUCCUGUACGACCUGGUGAUGACCCAUGCUCUGGAGUGGCCUAGUCUUACCGUCCAGUGGCUCCCAGAUGUCACCAGGCCCGAGGGGAAGGACUACGCCGUCCACAGGCUGGUUCUGGGAACCCACACAUCAGAUGAGCAGAACCACCUUGUGAUUGCCAGUGUGCAGGUACCAAACGACGACGCCCAGUUUGAUGCCUCGCACUACGACAGCGAAAAAGGAGCAGAAUUUGGUGGCUUUGGUUCUGUAAGUGGGAAAAUUGAGAUUGAAAUCAAGAUCAACCAUGAGGGAGAGGUAAACAGAGCGCGCUACAUGCCCCAGAAUCACUGCAUCAUUGCCACCAAGACCCCCACCUCUGAUGUGCUGGUGUUCGACUACAAUAAGCACCCAGCUAAGCCAGAUCCCAGUGGGGAGUGCAGUCCUGACUUAAGGCUAAAAGGUCACCAGAAAGAAGGGUAUGGCCUUUCCUGGAACCCAAACCUCAGCGGCAACCUACUCAGUGCCUCUGAUGACCAUACUAUCUGCCUCUGGGACAUAGGGGCGGGCCCGAAGGAAGGGAAGAUCGUGGACGCCAAGACCAUCUUCACCGGUCACACAGCAGUGGUGGAGGAUGUCUCCUGGCACCUGCUGCAUGAAUCCCUGUUUGGCUCUGUGGCUGACGACCAGAAACUCAUGAUAUGGGACACUCGGUCCAGCACCACGUCCAAAGCCAGCCACGCAGUGGAUGCUCACACUGCUGAGGUCAACUGUCUGAGCUUCAACCCCUACAGCGAGUUCAUCCUGGCUACUGGCUCUGCUGAUAAGACUGUUGCACUGUGGGAUCUGAGGAACCUCAAACUGAAGCUGCACUCCUUUGAGUCCCACAAAGAUGAAAUCUUCCAGGUACAAUGGUCUCCUCACAAUGAGACCAUCCUGGCCUCCAGUGGCACCGACCGACGCCUCAACGUCUGGGACCUCAGUAAAAUCGGAGAGGAGCAGUCGGCAGAAGAUGCUGAGGACGGCCCCCCCGAGCUGCUGUUCAUCCACGGGGGCCACACAGCCAAGAUCUCUGACUUCACCUGGAACCCCAAUGAACCCUGGGUGAUCUGCUCCGUGUCCGAGGACAACAUCAUGCAAGUCUGGCAGAUGGCCGAGAACAUCUACAAUGAUGAGGAGCCAGACAACACCCCUGCUUCAGAGCUGGAGGCUCAGGGAUCAUAACCCAGCUUGGCAUUGGUCUCCCUCCAUCAAGUCCCACCCCCCCACCUUCCAUUCCCUGAGCUCCACACCCAGCCCGUCGUUUCCCUCUCUGACUUCGUGUGCUCCCUCCAUUCUAAAUGAACAGUGUAUAGAGUUUGAGACAGCCUGGACUCCACCUUCACCUGGCUCUGCAGCACUGAGCAGCAGGAUGACUCCAGAUGUUCUGCCUGUGUUCGGGGAGCAGAGACCCCCGUUGCUAAGAUCGGGUCAUCUCAUUGGGCUCGUGCAAAAACAACAUGUGUGUCAUUUAACAUUUUGACUUCUGAGUGGCCAGAUUCCUUGAAGACACAGAUGUUCUGAACCUGGAGAGUAGAAAACAGAGUGAAAUGCUUGGGAAAACCGGAUCCACAUCUGUCCAGAGUGAAACCGCUCAAAGCUAACCACGAUCAUGUACAGGGGAGCUUCCUUUUUCAAACUUAUUUUCCCACUUAGAGCUGUUAUUCCUCUUCCAUAAUCUUAUUAAGUGACUGUUCAUGGCUGUUCUCUGAAGCAUCAUUCCCUGCUGUGAUCUUCUCCUCACAAGGUACAUCAGCUCUUCAGUCUGGUAGAGUGAAGGCUGUGGGACUAAAUUAGUGCACUUGAGGGAGACGGACAUCUUUUUCCUCUUUUUGUCGUUACAUAAUGUGAAAUUGCCGUUUUGUUUCCUGCACCACAAAUUGCAAUAAAACUUUUAUAACUUUUCAAAGAGAA